UAACCGCGCGCGACCAUACAUCAUUAUUCUAUGGUUUUUUCUCAAAGGUUUCCAUUAGAAAGAAUACUAAACUAUUAAGUAAAACUGAAAGUAUUACUGCUGAAAGGUCUUCACAGAAAGUUUGUUUUGUUAUUCACAAUGUAAAAGAGAGAGAUGAUAAUUUACGCCGUAGGACAGUCACAUUUACGUAAAUUGCCGCUGCCUUGACAAAAACAAUGUGAAUCGGGCGACACAUUACUUGGUGGAAAUGUAGUCUUCAGAUGUUAUUCGAUCUGGUGGAAAAACAUUUGUAAUAAAAAAUCAAGCUGAUUUUGCAAGAGAACUACUCCCUUUAUAUUACAAGCACAACAAUAUGGCCAGCUUUAUAAGGCAGUUAAAUAUGUAUGGCUUUCAUAAGAUAACAUCUGUUGAAAAUGGUGGAUUAAGAUAUGAAAAGGAUGAAAUAGAAUUUUCCCAUCCAUGUUUUAUGAGGGGUCAUGCUUAUUUAUUAGAACAUAUAAAGAGGAAAAUUGCAAAUCCAAAGUCGAUUGUUGCAAGCAAUGAGAGUGGUGAAAAAAUUCUGCUCAAACCGGAGCUUAUGAAUAAAGUAUUGGCAGAUGUAAAACAAAUGAAAGGAAAACAGGAAAGUCUUGAUGCUAAAUUCAGUGCAAUGAAGCAAGAGAAUGAAGCAUUAUGGAGAGAGGUAGCAAUUUUAAGGCAAAAACAUAUCAAACAGCAACAAAUUGUUAAUAAUCUUAUACAAUUUCUGAUGUCAUUGGUACAACCAACAAGGGCACCAAAUGCUAAUGGAAAUAAUGUUGGUGUGAAGAGGCCUUUCCAAUUGAUGAUCAAUAAUGCAGCAUAUGUUGCCACAAGUGAUGGCCCUUACUCAAGUAGAGCUAAAAACAUUAAACUAGAUAAAGAAGUUCCUUUAGAAGAUAUCAAUGAAGAUAACUUGGAAGAUGGGCCGACAAUACAUGAAUUAGCUCAUGAUGAUGUGUUACAUAAUGAAGCCUCACAGGAUUCCUUAGACCCAUCCAAUUUUGUGACCGUUGAUAUUGCAGCUAAUCCUGAAAUGUUUGUGGGGAACACUGCUGACCCCUCAUCUGCAAUACAGUACCAUGUUACAAUGGCAGAUGGUGAUGAAGCAGAGACAGAUUGGAAGCUGUCAUAUCCUACUAAUCGAAAAAAGAAUGUGAGAACAAGAGUAAAUAAUCCUGUACCAGUUGUGACAUCACCGUCACCUAUGAUGGCAUCACCUUCUCCUAUGACACCGUCCCCAACAUCUCCAAUCUCACAGAACACUCUUGAACAACCAAUUAACAUAGCUACCAUGACAACACCCGGCACCUCAAAACCAAAAGAUAAGGGAUCCAAAAAAGAUGUUAUACCAAGUGGGAAACAUCUUCUCCCCUCAAGUAAUUACAAUGCAAUGAACAAUUCAGCCGAUUUCAAAUUGCCAGCUGAAAUAUUUGCAAGUGAUGAUUCAGUUAGUGAUGCGGGAGUCACUCCGACUGAUGAAUUUGGUAUUAGGAACAUAAUCCAAGAAACAGUGAAACCGGAACCAGCUAUCUCUAUGUCCAAAGAUGAAAUGCUCGGCGGAGUGAAUAUUAAAGUUGAAAAAUUCUUAGAUAACACAAAACCAUUAAAGAAAACAAAGAAAUCAAAGAAUAAUGAACCUAGUGAUGUGAAUUUAGCUGACAUAAAGACUGAAUUACAGGAUUAUUUUGAUUGGAACAACAUGACACUAGCUACAGUUAACAACAGUAGUAAUGUCAACAGGUUCCAGUCUAUGUAUAGAAGAGAUAACAUGGCCAAAAAUCAAGAUGAAUUUUCUUCCUUUGGAUCCAAUUCAAACAAGAAUGACAUAGAUGACCAUUUGGACACAAUGCAAACUGACUUGGAUUCAUUAAGAGAACUUCUAAGAAGUGACAGCUACUCCUUAGACACAAACACUCUAUUAGGGAAUGCUGAUGCAGGCGUACAACCUGCGAUGUCUCUCGUCAUUCCUUUCCAUCAACACACCAUGAAUGACUAUUUGUUUGGCUCCGAGGAUCCUUUCUAUGGGCUGUCAUUUAAUCCGAGCGAUGAGAGAGCAAAGACAAGCAAUAAUGCAAAGAAGAAAGGAGAUAUGUCAAAUGUAGUCGGCGGAGAAAGUCGCGCCCAGAGCCACUGUUCUGAGGACGAUGCUGAAGGGUAUCAGCUUAUGUCGUAUACAGGGAAUAUUCCGUAUCUAGAAGAUAUAAAUCUCCCCGAGUUGGAGGGGGAGAAUUCUCAGGAGACGCCGGUGGUGCCGAGCCCCGGCUCCUCGCUGCAUACGCCGCGCCUCGACCUCCCGCACUCGCCGGCACCCUGAGGCACCGCUAACAAACGCAGGAAAAAGCGCAAGUGACUCUCAACUUUAAGUGUAUUUAAAGUGACUUCUAGGAUACUAGGUGUUGAUUUAUAAUUUAUAUUGUGUUUAUAGAAAUAUAUAGACUAGGCAUAGUGAACUAAAUUUUUUUAACCGGUAAUUACUUUAUCAAGUAAUGUCAGUUGUCAAGUUUAGUACGCCAUCUCGUGUCUUGUAUUGACUAUUUAUAAAUUUGUAAUAAGCUCCAUCUUUUGUCGUAAAAUAAAACUUCAACAAUUUCAUAAUAAAAAUGCUUGCUCUAUAUAUCUUUUGAAUUUCUUUGGUUAUAGACAAAUUGGUAUUAUAAACCGAAACGAAAAUUGUGAUUGAAGUUAGUAUUUCGUGUAUUUGAAUUAGCUAUAAUUCAAUCUAACUUACAUUGUAAAGCUUCAUUGCUUGCGAACAAUAGCUGAGUAGCCGCCACAAACUUAUUACAAAGAAAGUCUUGUUAUUGUGCACUAUUUGAUAACAUCCCAUACUCUUUACAACAAUGUCGCUAAAGGCCUAUUCAACGAAAAGUGUUCUCUUUUCAUUGAAUGUCCAGUAGACAUUCCAGUCCAGUGGCAUACCGUCACUGGAUUGCAACCAAAGAUGUUAACCUGAUCAUUUCAGUGAGUUCAUUUUUUCUAUUUUCAGUAUUGGAUUUAAUUUUGGACUGAAAAAUGUGAACUUGGUUUUGUCUUUUGUGCCAGAUAUUAUAAUUAUCAUUUUUUACUUGGUUUUAUGUAGGUACAGAACAUGGUAUUAUCAUGAUAUAUUUUAUCAUGCUGCCAAUUGUCAAACCGCAAUUUCCCAUAUGACAGUUUUGCUGGUACAAAAUUGUACAAAGUUUUUAUUUCAAAUCAACUAUUGUAGUAACUCAAACUAAUAAUAAUAAUGAAUAGAUUUAAACUUAAUAAAUUGCUUGUGAACGCAAAUACUUACAAUUUUCGAGAUGUUUAACUAAAAAAAAGUAGAGAUAACUUAUUUGUAGAUGUUUCGGUGGGAACCCAAAAAUUAAUAAAUUCGUGAACUAAUUAAUUUGUUUUAGACUUAUAACAGAACAGUAUGUAUAUAACAUUUUUAUAUCAAUAAAAUUACCGAAUGACGAUCUUGUAUAAGGCCACCCACAAAUAUGCUUGUUAUAUAAAAACUAUUUAAUUGCAGACAGGAUUUAGUAUAUACAGAUUAUAUAAGAUAUUACUGGUGCCUUAUAUACAAUAUUAGAUUUAAAAAAAAAACUCCUAAUAACGAUUAUGGGAUUAUAAAAGUUUUUUUACUAGACCUUUCGCAGCAAAACAAAGAAUAAUUGGUCCUAUUAUAUAAAAAAGAUUAUCUCAAUUUUUCCGUUAGUAAUUUCUUUAAAGAACAAUUAAACUGACUGAUGGUAUGAAAGGCUAACGGUGAUGGAUGUAAAAGAUUUUAUUUCUAUAGUAUAAUAAAAUUAUUUUUGUUACGAGACUUAAUAAGUCUACAUACGCGAAUUAUGUACAUACAUAUGUAUAAUCUGUUUUUUUUUUUAUAUAUUUGUAAUUAUAAGUGUAAAGAUUUACUAUAAGGAGGUGUAAACUAUUCUCAAUUAUUAAAGGUGCUUUUACACUGUAAUAUCAGUGAAAAUGUACCUUAAGAUAUUUUAAAAUACAAUUUAUGUGAUAGUACCGCCGCAGAGCAUUUUUAUUAUUAAUGUUUUAUUAAAGAGUUACACAGCUUGCUAUAUAGACAUCGACAUUUCAAUGUUUAAAAUCAAAAUUAAAUUUCGCAAUGCUUAUUAAAUAUUGCUUGUGUUUCAAGAGCAAGAAAGAGAUGGAUAAUAAUUGUCCAGUUGUAAUGACAGUUGAAUUCACAAUAUCACUUGAAAUUAUAAAAUUGUUUGUACUUUUUCAUGCGUAGUCAUUUUUUACUAUCGUUACUUAGAUGCGAUUACUAGAGUGCUGAUAAAUGUGACUUAGAUAUCUUAUAAGGAAAUAGUGUGGUUUGAAAAAUACGAUGUACAGGCGUUUACCAUUCUCAGUGUUAAUAACAAUGAGAAUUGCAAAAUAUUAGGAAUUAGAUUCAUAUGAGGGUUAUUUUUAUUUUGCCCGUACCUAUGAACUGUUAAAUAUACAAAAUAGUAUAUAAAAAAAUAGUAAUACAAAAAUUUUGGAUGUGAAGCUCUCAUUUAGAUCUUGUUUUCAGUCCAAUAGUUUUUUGUUUUAUUUAUGUGUAAUUUUUUUAACUUGUACAAAUUUUUACAUAUAUUUUAGUAUUCUUAAAUCGCUAUAAACAUACAGACUGACAUUACCAUCCUAAAAUU